GAGCAGCACAGGGAUGUGCGUGUGUGCAUAUACAUAGCAAGGCGAGGUGCAAAUAUCCACCCAGCCAGAUCAUCUCUUGCACAACUCUCUGAUUCUGUGCAGCCCGGCAGAUCUUUUGUUUUUUCCUCCGCUGCUCCUCUCCAAGCGUGCCUCCAGAGUAAAGCUUCUGAAGAGCCGUUUCCUCCCAUUCAUCUCCCUGAAAACAGCUCUCCCCAAGACGAGGCAGUCGCCACCAGCAGCAUGGUGGGGGUGACAGUGAUGAGAACGUGGAUCGAACCUGUGGUCGCAGGCUCCCAAGUGGCCAGUGCCUUCUACGACACGGCGCUGCUGCUGGUGGUGAAGAACUACUACAACCAGACCAAUGCCACUGCUCCCUCCCAUGCACUGGAAGAUGCUCAGCAGAAGGCUGUCUCUAAUUUUUAUAUCAUCUACAACCUAGUCCUGGGCCUGAGCCCACUGGUGUCAGCCUAUGGCUUGUCCCAGCUGGGGGACAGGAUCCAUCGGAAAAUUCCCAUCUGCUUCCCUCUUCUUGGCUACUUGGGCUCCAAAACUCUCCUGCUCCUUCUGAUCCUGUUGGGCUGGCCGAUCGAGGUGAUGUAUGGGGCUGCUGCCUUCAAUGGGCUGACGGGCGGUUUCACCACGUUCUGGGCAGGCGUCAUGGCUCUGGGAUCCCUGGGGUCCUCCGAGAGCAGGAGGUCUCUGCGGCUUAUCAUUAUUGAGCUGGUGUACGGCCUCGCUGGCUUUCUGGGAAGCAUGGCAUCUGGUUACCUCUUUGUUGGCUUCAGUGACCGCUAUCGAGAGGGCUCUGUGCUGGUGGGCUGCAGCAUCGCUUGCUAUAUUUUCUGCCUCCUCUACAGCAUUUUUGUCCUGACAGUACCCAAGCCAGCAGCUUCCUGCCCAGCCAAAGCCAAGAGUUCAGAGGAGGUGGGAAGCCAGCUACCAGCCCAAACAGGAGCAGCAGCAGCAGGGAGUUCCCAACCGUCGGAGAGCAGCAGCUCCACUCCAGUAUCCCCCUCAAAACUCAUCAUCAUCAUGCUGUUUGUAGCAGCAAUCCUCUAUGACCUUGCCGUGGUCGGUGCAAUGAACAUACUCCCACUCUUCUUGCUCAGGGAGCCUUUAAGUUGGAAUGCUGUGGAGAUCGGCUACGGCAAUGCUGCUGGGUACGUGAUCUUCAUCACCAGCUUCCUAGGGGUAUUUGUAUUCUCCAAAUACCUGAGGGACAUUACCAUGAUCAUGAUUGGAGUGGCAUCCUUCAGCACUGGCAUCCUCAUCAUGGCCUUUGUGCGGUGGACAUUCCUGUUCUACAUUGCACGGGCAGUGAUGCUGUUUGCCCUCAUCCCCUUACCAACCAUGAGGUCCAUGUUAUCCAAGCAUAUCAAAGGAUCAUCCUAUGGUAAGGUGUUUGUCCUGCUGCAGUUGUCUUUAGUCACCACGGGAGUAGUGACAUCUACAGUCUACAACAAGAUCUAUCAAAAUACACUGAACUGGUACAGCGGCUUCUGUUUCAUUUUGUCUUUUCUAGUUGGCUGCCUGAGUCUCCUCCCUUUAAGCAUCCUCGCCAUCAAACAACGUUCAUCCACUGGCUCCCUUCAGAUUCUGACCGAGUGACAGGCUGUACCAGCUAAAGCAUCUUUUGGUCUUUAUCAACUCUCUGAGCUACCAAAGUGGGAGGCUUGCCAAGCAUUAGCCCUCACAGUUAUCAUCCUUACAGGAAGCAUCUCACUUACGUUUCCACUUCACACCGUGCCAGGGCCCCUCAGCUACGGAGCUCACCCAGAAACAAAGAAGUUUGCCUUGUUAUUUCUGCAGUACGACAUCUUGCAGAGUACAUGCAUUGGCUAUUGCAUACCAGCAGUCUUCAGAGCAUUUUGCUUUCCUGCUACGCUGGUUAGCAAUAGUGCUGCAGAUGGACCAGACCAGGUAGAAAUGAAAAGGGCAUUUCUAGACACAUCAUUCAAUGUGGAAAGGGAAAGCAGAGGAUUGGUUUUCUAUUAGUUCCUUCUUGUCUGUUCAUUCAGACACCUCAGGGCAGUUCUGUGACUUUGGCUGAUGAAGGAGGGGUCCACAAGCCAUGUGCUGCGUGUACACUGUCAUCAGCAGGACACACCUGCUCUCCAAGUGCCACAGAUGUGUCAGCCCAGCUGAUCAAUGUUACACAGAAGAAGACUAAGUACAGAAAUAUCACCAUAAAAAAAAAAUGUAAGAUUAAGACACUUUUAGUAAUCCCUACAAUAAAACACUCCUGAACAGAUGUUUACGCCCCUGACUUCUGGGAGAUUGUCCCACUGUCCCUGGACACUGGUUUAAACAGAGCUCAUGGGAGGACACCUAUGACUCAAGAGCAGAUACCAGCAUUUCAACUCACUCCACCAGGAUAUCCUACUCUUUUAACAGGUUAAGAACAGGUAAGUGCAGCACACUACUACAGGCUUUACAGAGGUGUAGGGACACUGUGCCAGGUAAGAGUCACCUUGUUACCCUAGCUUUAUGCUGGGUUGAAACCCAUACCGAAAGGAACCUCACACAAUACAGCAACUGGCAUGAGAUACUGUCAGCUAAAUCCAAACAUGAUUCAGAAAACUGGCACGCCCUAGAGGGAUCAGGGCUUAAAUUAUGUGUCUACUUACAUGCUAAUUGAAUUAAAAAGGAUUAAGUGGCUUCCAAGCUCCCAGACUGAGUAAGGGCAAGUUAAAAGUCCUUCAGUAACCGAAAUAAUCUGGAGGCAAAUCAGGCAGCUUCAGUUCCAGCCAGGGAUGCAGCAAGCAGAAGUUGAUUACUCACUAUGCACCUCCUUAUUCUGAGGAAGUUGCUGCCACCCGUUCCCCACGCACAAACUCUUGCAAUCUUUCCUCAGCUCAAAGCUUCACUUUCAAGUAAUACCAGAUGUACUACAGCAGCAGACGACUUUUAGUUAAA